AAGGUCCAAGCUCUGGCCCGGGGCAGAGGGUGUGAGGACCCGAGUCCGGGCGCGAGUGCAGGCGCGCGGCCAUGCGGCCCCUGUUCGGCCUGCUCCUGGUCUUCGCCGUCAGUACCUUCUCCCUGUACCUGCUGUCCACACGCCUGCCGCGGAGCCCGGGGCCCGAGACCCGCCCCAGCGAGGAGGCGGAGGGGGCGGAGGCGGAGGACCAAGAGCCAGGCCCCAGGGUGCUCAAGUUUCCUUCAGACCUGGAAGAGCUCCGGGAGCUCUCGGACUUUCUACAGGACUAUAAGGGGGAGCACCAGGCCUAUGUGCUGUUGCUGUUCUGCAGUGCCUACCUCUAUAAACAGUGCUUCGCUAUCCCAGGCUCCAGCUUCCUGAACAUUUUGGCUGGAGCCUUAUUUGGACCGUGGCUAGGACUCAUCCUGUGCUGUGUGCUGGCCUCCGUGGGCGCCACCUGCUGUUACCUGCUCUCCAGUGCUUUUGGAAAACAGUUGGUGGUCUCCUAUUUCCCGGAUAAGGUGGCCAUGCUGCAAAAAAAGGUAGAAGACAACAGGAGGAGUCUGUUUUUCUUCCUGCUCUUCCUGAGACUCUUCCCCAUGACACCUAACUGGUUCUUGAACCUCUCAUCCCCGAUUCUGAACAUCCCCAUUGUUCAGUUCUUCUUCUCAGUCCUCAUAGGACUGAUCCCCUACAACUUUAUCUGCGUCCAGACCGGGUCCAUCCUGUCGACCAUCACCUCCCUGGAUGACAUCUUCUCCUGGGGGACUGUGUUGAAGCUGCUGGCUAUUGCUCUGGUGGCUCUAGUCCCUGGAACCCUCAUCAAACAAUUCAGCCAGAAACACCUAAGAUUGGAAGAAUCCAACAGCAUUCAUGUGGGAAACAGCAAAAAGGGGACAUGAUUGGCCCCGGGCUUGUUGUGCUAGCUGGCAGAAUGGGUGGGGCCCUUCCAACCUCUCCUCACCUCUGUGUCCCCCUGAUAAGGGUCUGGUACAGCUGCAGGGAGGCCGCCCUCCUGGCCUGUGGGCAGCCCAGGCUCAUUACGGCCUUGACCAACUGAGACCUCCAUCCUGGUUGUUUGGAUUCGUUUGCUGACAUGACAGGCAGGGUGGGGCAGAGGGGAGAACCUGGCAUUUAAAGCCAGACCAUGGGGGGACAAGGCCCAUACUCUGCGCCCCGCCAUUCCUGCCUCUGGCUGGACCUAGGUUUCUUUUAUCUGUUAAAUGAGCGGGUUGGGCCGGGUCCCCUCCCAGCUCACUCAUGGUCCCUCGUGGGCUUUCCUUGGCCUUUCCACAGUCAUCCAGCCUCUCACAGCACAGGCUCAGGAGCCCCUUGAUUUCCUGUGUUUCCUUGCCCAGAUGUCAUCACUGUCUGUAAAAUUAGUGGGUUAGACCAGAUGACCCAAGAUCUCUUGUCCUGCGGCCUCUGACAUCCCUCUUCAGCCUUCGUUGGUCUUACUCUUCUCUUGGGAGAGUUUAUUCUGGUCUCAUGGAUAAACCACCUUUCCUGUGGACCCUGGGAAACAAAGUCUGCUGGCACUCUGUAGACCAGAGAGGGGGACCUGCAUGGAAAAUGGGCUUUUUCCUGAUAUGUAUAGCAAAUACCAAGGCCCUGGGCAAGGUGAGGAUAGGUGAGGGGAGGGCCUGGUGCUUGAGCCUCAAGGAAGGGAGCAAAGGGCUGCUGUUCCUCUGGGGCCACGUGUCCUAGAAUGAUGUGGAUGCGUAGGAAGGCCCUCGAGUCCCUGCCCUGACCCAAGGUCCUCCCCAGCCGCUUCUGCCUUUGUCCUUCCCUGGCUUGGUCACUUUCUCCAUUACGCUGGAGAUAAUCAGAGCAAACUGUUGGUACGUUCCCUUAAUGAACACUUCUGACUUGUUUGUCAUUAAUGAUUUGGGGAAUGAUUUUAUUUUUUAAUUCAGGUUCUAUUGUGUUUUAUCGUUAUUUUUAUUUAAUAGAUUCUGUUAGAGGCAGUGUUGGAUAGCACAGGCCAACACUUUUUGCUCGGUGACUACCCUCGGCAGCUGGGAUGCUGCAGGAAAGGGAGUCCUUGGUGGCGAUGCUCAGGAAAUUAGGCCUGUGGGACCUGCUGCCUCUUGCUCUCUGGUUUGGCUUGGCCACAUGCAGGGAUGUUACUUGGGCUGUGUAGGAAGCCCAAAGAAUGCUCAUGUCUGGGGGCAGCGGGCAUCCGCCCCAGUCAUGCUGUGGGGGAUUGUCGAGAGCCCUCUGUGCCCAGAACAUGCUCUGUACGUUUUCUCUUUACUUCUUGUUUCCCCCAAUGGAUCGUCAGCUCCGGGGGGGCAGGGGCUGUUUUGUUCUUGUCCCCUAGCAUGGUGCCUGGCCCCAAGCUGGCAUUCUAUAAAUGCUUACUGCCUUGUUUGAUGUGGAACCGUGACUGGGUCGACAAGCAGGGGAGGGGGAGAGGUCCUGAGGCCCGAUUGCUGCUUCUGUUGUGGGGGCCAGGCCUUCCUCUGGUAUGAGGCCCUCUGAGGUCAGCAGGUGGGGCAGCGUCCUGCUAGAACCUUCACGCACAAAACAGCUUCUUAAAUAAAUGCCAAAUGGUUUUUUUCCUGA